GUGGUCGGAGGCAAGGUAAAGAAACCAGGCAAGCGAGGUCGUAAACCAGCCAAAAUAGACUUAAAGGCAAAGCUUGAAAGAAGUCGUCAGAGUGCAAGAGAGUGCAGAGCCAGGAAGAAGCUGAGGUACCAGUAUCUGGAAGAGCUGGUUUCGAGCAGAGAGCGAGCCAUAUGCGCUCUUAGAGAAGAGCUUGAAAUGUACAAGCAGUGGUGCAUGGCGAUGGACCAAGGGAAAAUCCCCUCUGAAAUAAAAGCCCUGCUAACUGGAGAGGAGCAGGGCAAAGCACAGCAGAACUCAAUCAAACUUGCCAAGGCUGGGAAGACAGAAGCAAACAGCAGCAAUCCCUGAGGCCAAUGCAGAACCUUCCGCACUGCAGCAGAGAUAGCUUGGAAGCUAGCAGAUGAAUGCUGUUGUCAGAGAAGUGGAUGCAUCCCCAGAUGCAGGGGGAAGGAUCCCAGUCUGCUGUCUUCUCUCUGCUCCUCCUCACAUGAAACUCUUUGAUCGUGGUGUUCCUAAGCCUGCAUGGAGUGGGGUUUUGGGGGUAAUAGGUGUUUGUGUAAGCAGAGCCUUGUUCUUCCUUUCUCUACACCGUCCUCCCCAAAUACAGCUAUGGCAGCUUUUGGGCAUUCCCGAUAAGAGAUGGGGGCUGCUUUUGUGUCAAAGGCCAGAAUUAGACUGGCUUUGUGGUCAGUAGUUAUGUGGUUGGUAACCAUUGUGGGAGUCUGAAAGGUUCUGUAAGGCGGGGGGGGGAAGGCAAGAGGAGGAUCUUGUAACAGCUUUGCUAAAGCCAAAUGGA